AAGGUUGGCUCCUUGGCGGUCUCGGCAAAAGUCACGAUGACCACAAAGACGAUUGCCGAUACGCCGUCUUUUGUUUCAACUCUGCCACCGUGGACAGUUGCCGGAAAAGUAAGAUCUUCACUAUCGCUUGGCUAUGCCGGACUUCGUCAAUGGGAGCUGAACAAGGACAAGGAUUGUGAACUAUACAAUCAUAAGCAAAUUUGGCGCCUUUCGGAGCUGUUUCUAGGUCUUGCUUUGAACGGUGUAGAGUAGAUAAAGCAGGCAUGGAGGAGAAGUUAUCUUCGGCGGCAAAGAACCUAAAAUCCUCUCCUAUUCAACAGCUAUCCUAUCUCGCUGAAAAAUGCAACGCCAUCAACCUCGCCGAGGGUUUCCCUGAUUUCCCAGCCCCGGCUAUCUUCAAAGCUGCUGCCAUUUCUGCCAUCAAUUCCGACUACAAUCAAUACAGACAUGUUCAAGGACUUUGUGACCUUGUGGCGCUUAGAGCCAAAGAGAUUCAUGGCCUAGAUGUUGACCCUCUCACUGAUAUUGUUGUUUGCUGUGGACAAUCUGAGGCUUUUGCAGCAACGAUGUUUGCAAUAAUUAAUCAGGGCGAUGAAGUCAUACUUCUUGAUCCAGUGUAUGAGACAUAUGAAGUGUGUAUUACAUUAGCAGGAGGAGUACCUGUUUAUGUGCCUCUUGACCCUCCUCAUUGGACACUGGAUCAAGAGAAACUGAAUAAGUCUUUUACGAGCAGGACAAAAGCAAUAGUUCUAAACAGUCCUCACAACCCUACUGGAAAGGUUUUCACUAAGGCUGAGCUUGAGAUUAUUGCUAGAGCUUGUCAAACGCACAACAUUAUAGCUGUAACAGAUGAGGUGUGGAUAAAUUCGCUGGUAUACGAGCAUAUAACUUUUGACAAGGAAAGACAUAUAUCACUUGCCACAUUUCCGGGAAUGCAACAUCGGACCAUCAUCACAUCUUCCCUGUCAAAAACAUACAGUCUAACUGGUUGGCGGAUUGGAUGGGCGAUUGCUCCUUCUUGCAUUGCUUCAGCGAUUAGAAACAUUCAUGUUAAAAUUACGGACUCUGCCCCGGCUCCUUUCCAGGAAGCUGCCUUGAUUGCAUUAAGGAGCCCCUCUGAAUACUUCAAUUCAUUGAGAAAAGACUAUGAAUCAAAAAGAGAUUUCCUGGCUGAGUUGCUUGCAAAAGUUGGCUUCCAAAUCCAAUCAAUGCCCAAGGGUUCUGUUUUCGUAUUUGCAGAGCUUCCUGAAACUUGCACACUUUCUGAUGUUGAAUUUGUAGAGGAAUUAAUCAAACAGGCAGGAGUUGUGGCUGUACCUGGUAGUGGAUUCUUCCAUAGCCACUCGUAUGUUGACAAGCCUUCUCAGGUAACUUCUUCCUAUGCUAGGAGGUACAUCAGGUUUGCAUUUUGCAAAAGCAAUGAGACAUUGGCUACUGCUGCUCAAAAGAUUUCUAGGCUGGUGGACAGUACAGGAAGGCUCAAGCUAUUUUAGUUCAACUUGAAACUUAGUCAUCAGUGUUAUGGAAUUUGUCAAUCUACUCUUUGCUCUGCUCCUGUAAAAAGUGCAAGUUUGGAUUGUCAUUUGAAUGUGAUUAUUUGAAAUCUGAAUGCUGAGGCAAAUGCGGGUGCUGUCUCUCUGCCUCUUUUGUUACAUUUUGAUUUAAAAUUCUUUUUACCCUAUUUAUUGGUUUGUUGUUGGUUGAGGAUCUUACUUUGAUUUAUUUUUGUUCCUUU